AUAUGAUAUUUUGUACUUUACACGACCCGAUCACCAAGAUAAACAACAUGGCGGCAUAGAAAAAUUUGUCAGCCAAACGGCAAAGAUCACAAAGCUUUUACCUGUUUACGAAAUUUCAUAAAACAAGAAAGGAUGUUCAGUAAGAAAUUCAAGUCCCAGAGUUGGUCUCCUAACAAGGCCCUUAAAGAUAGCCCAGAAGAAGUUCAACGCUUGAGUAACCUGUUGAAAGUAAGGUCGGAACAUGACCAAGCUGUGGCUAAAACUGGCUGGGACAACUACCAGAGGGAGCUUCAAAACAAUCAGAUGUUGAAAGGGUUAUUUAAAAAGCUGGACCCCACUGUAAUGAAACCAACAGGUGAUAUCAGAGGAGAGGUUCAACUGUCUUUCAAAUAUGACUUCAACAAUGACAUGCUCCUCAUCAAGGUCAUCAAGUGCAGGGAAAUGGCAAACAAAGACAUCAGAGCAAAAAUGUCAAACUUCUUUGUCAAGCUGGAGUUGCUCCCUGAUCCACUGAAUCAAGGUGAGAGGAGAACAAAGGUUGUACAUGGAACAAACAGCCCAAGAUUUGAUGAAAUCUUCGGAUUUUGCAUUCCAGAACAUGGGUUAGGUGAAUCCAAGUUGAUAGUGCAGGUGAGUGAACACAGCUUGGGUGGAAAUGAUGAUGUUAAAGGGGAAGUCAUCAUACCACUGAACACAUUCUCCUUUCAUAGUGAACCUACACACACAGCUUGGUAUGCUCUCAACAUGGAGACUGACUUGAGUAUAUCAGGUAGCAUUGAUGUCAGUGUAGCUUUCCAGCCCCCAAGAACGCUACUGGUUACCAUCCAUGGGGCAAACAAUCUGGCCCCGCGAGAUGAAGGGCAAACUGCUGACCCCUUUGUGAAAGUUGCUGUUCCAGGAAGUGAUCACAUGUUUCAGACACAGGUGUUGAAGAACACAUUGAAUCCUGUUUGGUCAGAGACAUUUGAGUUUCCACUACAUGAAGAGGAGUUCCAUGACAAGUACAUUAUUUUCCAUGUGAUUGACAAUGUAAAUACAGGCAAUGACUCACUGGGACAGUGUAUUGUGGAACUGAACAACUUGAACCCAGAGUUUGGAGUAUCUGGAAGCUUCGAGCUGUCUGAUCUGAGAAAUAAUGAACGUGUGCGUGCUAAAGUUUACCAGAACCGUAUAGCCCAGGAGUUCCGAGAGGCUCUCACUGCCCACUCUGAGGCUCGAGCACCAGGUUGCCUCUUCAAGAAGCAUGCAGGAGGAAAGGUUGUCACAGUAACUUGCCGUAAAGCCGGAGCUCAGGGAAGGAUGAGAAUUGUGGAUGGAAUUCCCAUAUACUAAACAUUUGCAACCAGUCUACUUAACUACAACAACCAGUCUGCAAAAAUAGGAGGAGUGUACAAGGAUCUAAAACCAGUUUAUUAAGAAAUAACAAAAUAACAACCUGUCCAUGAAAUGACGGCAAUAGCUAACACACAAAAAUAAAAUUUGAAUUAAAAAAAAACAACAAUAGAUUGAUUUAACUGUGGAAUUAACAAAAAUACAGAAGAGUUAAAAAUCAAAAUAAAUUUGAUUUUAUACAGAAUGAAUACUGUGUGGACAUGCUUUAAUAGAUUUGUGGAUAGAUCACACGAAUCAAUAUUAGUUUUAUAUACGCAAAGUGCAAAUUGUAGGUUAAAUAAAAACAUUUUUUCAUGAAUAAAAAAAAUGUACAUAAUAAAUACAAAUUCAGUACAGACUGUCUUAAGUCUGUUGGCAAUCAAAAAUACAUUUUUGCAAGAUUUACUUUCCACAAUAUAUAAUGAUUUAAAGAUUUAUAUAAAAAAAAAAAGAAAAAAAAGUAAUAACUAUGCAACAUUAUUGUACAUAUAUACUGAUUUUCUGAUUAAUUAUUUUGUAGAUUUUUUCAUAAACAAGACUGUUUAUCUGUCAGCCUUCAGCAGUGUUAAACAUGUGUAUUAUUAUGAAUAUUUACUAACAAGUAGAGCUGACUCAAAAAGAUUUUUAAAAUCUUUUACAGAACAAUGAUACAACAUGAAAUAACCAGAUGUCACCGGAUCAUUUGUUUAUCUUGAAACUUUUAUUGUUUUUAUUGCCCUUUACAGAAAUUUUAUUGUUGUUAAGAUUGUGUUUUCUGACCUCAGCAUAUCUUGAUUGAUUUUGCCUUUAUAUGUAUAUAAGCCGGAUGGUUCUCAUAGAUGUAUAGUAAUCUAUACUAAAAAACAACAAAAAAUAUUUAUGAUUUGGGGUGCUCAGUAACUGUUGCAAAAUUUGAAUUGUGUGGAGACUGAAUAUAUACAAUAUCUUUUAUAAAAAAAGUGACAUUUAACUGGUGUAAUUUCAUGAUCUUUGAGAUCACAUAGCAAUAGGGCUGUCAUUGAUAGAAACGAUAUCGAUAUAUCAAUGAUAUUUUUUGGUCGAUCGAUUAUCGAUUCUCAUUUUUAAAAAUCGAUAUUUUACAGGAAAAAAAAUCUGUCCAGAUAAACACUCUUUCUAGCAUAAAACUGCUGUUAUUGUCACUUUUCGGGGGUGUGUUAACAGGAGAGAAAACAUGUGUUAACAAGGAGAUUCUCACGCUCGUGUGCUGUUAAAACACCUUUUUAUAUAUGUGCAUUCCGUGGCAAAGUGUAAACGCCAUUUGGCCCCAAAACGGAUAAUUCAAAACGAAAUGACGUCAACGUAAAUAAACAACUCAGACAUUCCUGCGCAUUUGGUGGAAAUUUAAUGACGUUGAGUGACAAUGUAUACAUUUAUCAGUUUUUACGUGUUUUAUGCUAGAAUAACGUUAGCGCAUGUUCAUUUUGUGUUAUAACUAUCUGCAGAAUCCCUCGGGAUUCUGCAGAUGUUAUAUGUAUAACACGAAAAAACAUGCGUUAUCCCUAGAAAAAUAACUUUUCUGUCUGCAAAUAUGUGGCCUAAAAUAACAAAAGUUGUCUAAAAAGGUCAUGUCUAAACUUGUACUGUAGCAGUCUUUAUUAAUAUUUAUUUAUUUCAUAAAUACAAAUACAACACAAUCAAACAGUAAUAUGAAAAGUAGGCAAUAAAACAAAAAAUAACAUUAACUUAUAACAAGAAGGUAUAUAGCAUGCACAUGAACAAACUGGUUGUUAAUCUAACUUUGUAAUCGAUAUAUCGAUGUAUCGUCGAUAUUUGUCUUCCGAUAUAUCAGUAUCGUCGAUAUGCCUAAGACCCAAUCAAUGACAGCCCUACAUAGCAACUGGGACCCAUCCACUUAGUAGAUGUCCAUGAUUUGAUAAAAGACAUGACGUGUCCGAAAUAAUUCCUCUGUGAAGAAGUUGGCAGUUUAAUACUUGCAGAAAACAUGUUAGUGCUUGGAAGAGAAUCUAGGAACACGUUCUUGGUUAAGAGUCUCUCAUUACAUACAUAACACUGGAAUACUGUUGAAAAAUGGCACUAAACUCAAAACAAACAAACACACAGUAUUAACUGGUAGGUUAGAUGUAUCGAUUAUUUUACAUAGCUAUGCAUUUGAGCCGCGCCAUGAGAAACCAACAGUGGCUUUGCGACCAGCAUGUAUCCAGACCAGCCUGCACAUCUGCGCAGUCUGUUCAGAUUCCAUGCUGUUCGCUUUCAUAGUCUAUUGCAAUUAGAGAAACCGUUAGCGAACAGCAUGGAUCCUGAUCAGACUGCACGGAUGCGCAGGCUGGUCUGGAUCGUAAAGCCACUAUGUUGGUUUUCUCAUGGCGCGGCUCAUUUGAUUAUGUGUGUAUGUUUCUGUUAGUAGUUUUUAUGCAACAGGUUACAUUUUUUUCCUAUUGGCUGGACCAAAAAUGUUAUAACCUAAACAUUUACUGUUUAGUAAAUUGCAUUUUAAAAUCAAAUGUUAAUGUAAUUAUUGUUUUGACAAUUUAGAAAAUUUUGCUGCUGGCAGUGAACUAUUUUUUGUAUUUAUCUAAAGUGUGAUAAUUCAGAUAGUUAAAAAAAAUUUCGGGCCAUUUGUUUUGUCUUUCAGUUAAAUUGUAAAAUCAAAGUUUAUAAAAAUUUAUAGUGCAUGCAUUUGCAUGCAUAUUUUGAUGAUUAUGACUAAAUAUACAAGAGAAAAAAAAACCUACUGAUUUUUUUAAAAUAAAACAAUAGAAAUAAUUCACUGUAUAACAUUGUGUAAUUUAAAUUCUAAGUAAACUUACAAAUGAUUUAGUGAUGAAAAAAGCAAAUAUUUUUUCCUUUGGCAGUAAUUUGACAGUGUAAUAGAAAGAAUUAUCCUGUAAGAUUCAAAAUUGGUUAUACCAGGAAAUAUACAACAUAGCAAAAAUGAUUUUUCUUGAAUAUUUUACAUUUUUGAAGCAGUUAUGUAUUCCUGGCAUCUCUUUUUUUUCUAACCCAAACUUAAAUUUUAUAUAUUAAUAUUUCCAUAAACAUUUUUCAAUUACAAAUUUGAAAUCAUAAAGGCAAAACCUUUUUUUGAAGACAUUUGUGACAUUAAUUCUUCUUUUAUGUUGUAAUGUGUUUGUUUUUUGUUUUUCAUCUACUUGUAUUUGACAAUGAAAUAAAUCGCAGUUCUUCAUAUCAAUAUACUACUCCUAAGCUAUUUUUUAUCUUUUAUUAAGCAUUCAUCAGCGGUCAUGCUAGUUUGAAUUUUUACUAAAAUCUCCUUAAUCCAGUGUAAUAGAAGUGUUUUGUCUGAACCCGCGCAAAACUGAGCAUGUAUUUGACCCUAUCAUGAUGUGUUUAAUCAGCCGUAAUAGUGUAUUAGAUUAGCACGCUACUCUGUUUUGAGAGAAAAGUUUUAGUUAUUCUUCAGGGUUAUGUUUAAGAACAAUUAACAAUAUUUAAAAAUAUUUUGGCAUGUAUUGUUUUACAGAUUAAAUGCUGAUUUUGUUAUUACUAUUAAAUUUCAACAUUUUGACAAAUUUGUUGAAUUUUUAAAGGAGAUCAGGACAGAGUUGCUUGAACUUAUCCAGUGGAUAAGUUGUCCAUGGGAUAACUUUACUUGAUAUCUGAUCAUCACCUAUUGAUGUGAAUACACCAGAGUACAUAUAAAAACAUUGACUUUCCUGGUUUGUAGCAGAUUUAGGACGGUCAUCUU